UAUAUAAACAACCAGAAUGCGACAUCUGAGCAUUACUUGAUCGGGAUUUCUCUUCCUCACGGUGAACCCUAGCGAUCUGGUAGUUUACAUCAAUGGCAGCACGGGCGGUGUUGGCGGCAGCGGCUUCUUCCCUCUCUCGUUCAUCAUCGGCCAAUUCGGCUGCCAGAUUCGUUCCCCGCCGGGGUCUAGCUAGCGGCGGAGAUCAUCAUGGGCCUCCAAAAAUUAACUUCUGGGAAGAUCCAGUCAGCCCAUCCAAGUGGAAGGAAGAACAUAUUGUGAUUCUCAGUCUCUCUGGUUGGGGUUUGUUCAUUUAUGGAGGAUACAAGGCUUUCAGUGGAAAUAAUGAAAACAAGGCAGAGGCGGGAGAAAAAUCUGUCCUCCCUGCAUAAUUCAAAGGUUUCAUGUUUCCUUCUGUCUCACAAGCACUGUAAUAAGACAUACUGAAGGAUAUCUUUCCCUCCUUCAAGUUUCUCUACUGUUAUGUUUGCAACACCUCACCACUAUUUACAAUGUUAAUUAAAUUCCCUCUUGGGAGCUUCAUUUAGAACCAAAUUGCAAAGAUCAGUGAUAUUUUUGUUUCCUAUCACUAGCCUUUGCUUUAAAUUUACAACUGUUUUGUCAAUUAAUAAAAGACCUGUUAAGCAUUUCUAUUU